CAGUUUUCACGCGGUCGCCGUGCGUACCGAGUCGUGCGUUUUCUUUUGUUUCGUAAUUUUUCCUUUAACAACAAAAGACACGCGCGUUGGGGUACGGCUCGCGUUCAAUUGUCUCUAGUCGCUAUAGUGCAUCGAGUUCUGGAUGUUUGUAUUGACAUAUUUGCGGAUUAGUGGCCGAUACAGGUGGCCAGGGUUAUAAGUGUCGAGACUGUUGUUUUUUCUCAUAAAUAUUAAACUAAAACAUUGAGAGGUCGUAAAUCGAGCAAUUAUCAUAUCCUUACGACUAUCGCAAUUGUCGCUCAUUAAAUUUCGCAAGUGCACGUGCACACGAAAUAUUGUAGCGCGAGUAUCGCUCGGUCCCUUGCUCCACAGUUCGAAAAGGAAAAUCUGUUUUUCCCUCAAAUUCCUAUCAGCCCUCGUGUCUCAAUAACGAAUUAUACAAAUGAUUAUCUCAGCCGCCAUUUUAUUCUUCGUGAACCUCGCCUUGAUAGGGGGUUCGUUAGGCCAAGAGGAAAUAGCCCUUGCAGAUAGCGUUUUGCAGAAGGCUUCGGAAGUGACGAAUCUUCAAGGCCUAAACGCCUCAGCUUUACCAGUUGAAGAAGCGAAAAAUGCGUUCAAGAACAAGUGCCAAACGAAUGGAGGCGCGGACGCAUACACCAAUGCUGAAAACGCGGCAAAAGAAAUAGCGAGUUGCAUGCAAAAUUUGGUGAAUGUAACCCUUCUUCAGGAUGAAAUCGAACGAGCUAAACCAACCGGAGAUCUCGAUAUCGUUUUCCGUAAAUACUGCAACAAGAGUCCAACCUUGAAAACCUGUGUGAAAAAUUUUACGGACACGGUAGGAACGUGCUUCACCCAAAAAGAACGUGACAACAUUAAUAUCGUUCAAAAUAUAACCGAUCAACUUUUGAACUUUGUUUGCUUCAAAGAAGGUGAUCGUAUUGCACUGUUUAUCGCUGCUGGGGGACCGGAAUGUUUUACAUCGAAGCAAUCGGUGAUACAAGAUUGCGUAAACUCAACGUUUGGUUCUUACGUACCAGCUGAGGGGUUAUCAACUCCAAAUCUUAAUGGGAUGGACAAUUUGCCGUUGCUUUUGCUGGACUCCAAAGAGUGUUCUGACAUAGAACGAUUGCAAACCUGCAUGGUCCGUGAAUUGGAAACUUGCAAUGACCCGACACCUGGAAAUAUUGUCGAUUCUUUAUUCAACUUCAUUAAGAAAGUAACACCCUGUGAAAAUUUGUUAUCGAAAGCACGAGCCGAGGCUUCAGUCUCAGCAGACAUUGACGUUGUAUCUUCUGCCUCGAUAUUUGGUGCCCAAUUCAUCGUCAUUGCCAUAAGUGUUUUCAGUCUAAUGGGAAUUCGCAUAUAAUUUAUUUAUUAUCAUUUCAAACACGGAAUGUCUGAUUAUUUGAAAUGAAGAAAAAAUAUUUUGAGUUAAUUUUGUUUGAAAGUACAGUAAAACAUAUGGUUCAUCGUUUUUAUAAUAUGUUGUAUAAAAUAACACUAUGUACUAUUUGGGGAUGGAGAGAAUGCAUAAUCGCUGGAAUAAAAUAGAAUGAUGGUGCCGUCAGGGAACUAAGUGGCCCAUGUUAAAAACUUCAUGGAAUGAACUCGCUCUCCAUCCCCAUGAAAAAGGAAACUAUCGUUAUUUACUAUGGACAAACUGUGAUACAAAUUUGUACACUUAUAUUUUCAAUCACAGCUCAUAAGAUAUUUAUAGAAGAAACUGUUGUAUUUUUACUGUCUCCAAUUCCAGGGCAAUAAUUCAAGAAUUCACGAAUAAAAAGUAAUUUAAGAUGA